UGUCAAAUGUUCUGACAUGUUAAUGUGACAUGCUUGUUAAUAUAAUAAAUCUGACAUGUUUCUGUUUAUUUCAGAUGUUCUAUAAAAAAUGCUAUCAUUAAUGACUAGGUGGUGUAUUUCAACAGUCAUUAGAACUAUUAAACUGCAUGAAGGUGACGUAUAUACAUCUAAACAGGUGUGACCUAUAUCUAAAUCUAUAUCUAAACAGGUGCAACCUUCAGCACUGACUGCAUUCGAAAUUGCAUACUUCCCUACUAAAUAGUACCUAUAUGUAGUAUGUAACGAAAGUACUAUGUUCAGUAUUUUUCUGAAUUCACAGUACUCAUAAAAGAGUAGGCGAAAAGUACAUGAUGUCCUACUUCUCCGGAGAGAUUCUGAAGUGUGCAUAUGAUGGACUUUACUAUCCCAUGAAGCCACAGAAGAUUUAUGAAUGUCAGUGAAGUGACGCAACCAAUGCUGAUGCAGCCACUGUCACAUCGGAUGGAUCUGCCUCUUUACACUUUCAAAUGAGACACCUUCCCACCUGCUCAACCAUUCAUUCAUUGAUUGCUUGGAGACCCCAGACUUCCUCUUCAAAGAUUAUCAUGGAUAUGCGUGAGUGGUGUCCACUUUUGGCUCCCGCUUCUUGUUUGUGGAAGGAAAUCCAGAGAGAAAAGAGCAGGAAGAUUUCACCUGGAGACGGAUAUACACACAGUCUUCAUACGUUUUACUAAACAUUCAAAGGCAUAUUUGGAAGCAACAUGCCCUUCGAACUGAACAUGUUCGUUCCCUUCGGAUUGGAAUCUCACAUAAGAUGGCGAAACACCUUGUGAAGUCCACUUCGCAGUCCACUUACGGUCGAAUGGAACGCACCUUCAGACUGUCUGCUGUCAGCCGAUGAUAGUGGAUAGUUCAUCCGAAUCAGAUGUUGAACACCAAUGAUCGCGCACGCGAACCCGACAAUCGACUGUCGACCGAAAACAGGAAGGAAAUACAGUUGGAUUUGAUGUGCUGGUGACACUGGGAUUUUGAUAUCAUGGACGGUGACUGCUUAUCUUUGCUACCAGCGGUCUGUCUGGUACUGGCCGACCCGAAGCAGUCUCCACCUGAUGACACCUCGUUAGAGAAACUGCUCGAUUGGUUCAAAGAGCUGCACAGCCAGAGUAAUGAACAGGUUCUUUCGCGACAUCAGCCGUGCCUCAAAGAGUUCAUUUCCAAUGUUUGUACGUCUAAAACUGCAGAUCCUGUUAUCUUCUCUUUCACCCUCAAACUCACUGGACUUUUGGCUGGCACCAAGCAGGGUUUCCACUUUCUUGAGGAGGGAGGUCUUUUGGUGUGUGUGUUUGAGCGGGAAGCCUGGUUUGUGUGUGAUCUUUGGGAGGAUGCCUCAGUUCGCAGUGGCUGGCUGCAGGGACUGUUGAAUAUGCUGAAACAUCGGCAAGCUCUGGACUUCAUCUGUGGAAACGGACUCAUCAAAGUGAUUCUCCAGCUGCAGAACGACGGGAGUCUGUUUGUUGCCUGUCUGGCUAAUCAGCUUUUAGUGCACAUCCUAAACCUCCUCUCUUCAUCAAACAUGACCAAUGGCAGUGAUGCAGUGGGAUCAAGUGAAUCAUCUUUCAGCCCUGAUUGGGUCUCGGCUUCCUCAGAGAUUAUGAAUGGUGUGGUGGAGGCGUUGAGGUCAGAUGAUCAUCCUCGGGUCCUCCAGGGCUUACGGCUUCUGACAUCGGUUCCCUCUCAGUGUGGAGAGCCUAUCAGAAGCACGCUAUGGAAAGAAGUGCUUGUACCUCUGGAAGUCUUGAUCAACAGGGGGUCUGAAUCAUUGACUCAGCCUCUGAUGACUGUUCUUCAAGCUGCUGCGAGGACGCCUCUGCUCGGACAAUCGGAGUAUAAAGUAGAGGAAUUAUUGGAAGCCAUGUUGGGUUCUGCAAGCAAAAAUGAGAGUUUUCGGUGUGCUGCACUUAUCAUAAAGCUGGAGCAAUGUCCUGAGGUUUUAAAGAGGAAGGCCAUUGAUAUCGUCUUGCUCCCCCUGCAGUGUGUGUCAGCACAGUCUCAAGACACUGCAGAAAAGAUGAAUUUAGCCCUAAAUGAACAGCUAUCCCAGAAAGCCUCAUGUAUUUCCCACCUCAUGCAGAGUUUAUCAAGUCUAGAAGAGCUGACAUAUACAAAAUACCAGUUUGAAGGCAUUUCCAUUCACUCGGUCACCAGUUCUGUGGUGUUGCUUCUGAGGAUUUGCUCUGGGCAUUGCCCCUCCUCUUUGAUUCAAAAUAAUGCCUCCACCCAUCUGAUUGGCUGCUGCAAGGUUCAGAGGUGUGGCCUAGAGACAUUAGGUGCUCUCAGCGUGUAUGACGAAAAUUUGAAUAUAAGGAAGGACAUAUUUGGUGUCCUCUUGGACUAUCUACAGAGUCCAGAUUCCCAUGCUACAGUCUUGAAGAAAACAUAUCAGGCCACUAUGAGCUGGAUUGCGGUGUGUUCGCCCUUCCCUGAUCUCCUGGAGUUUAUCAGCCAUGACCUCUUUCCCGUAUUGAAGAAACGGAUGUGUGAUUUGCGAUGGGAAGUGAGAGACUCCACACUAGAGUUCAUCACCCAGCUGACUAGUGCCCUCAACGGUAGCAGUGGUUUCAUUGAAGCUCUCCACACCAGCGGCAUGGUCUCCAUUCUCCUCUCUUCACUGGCAGAUUCAGAAGGCUAUGUAAGAGCUAGUGCUGUGGCUGUCGUCGGGGAGGCAGUUACCUCUUCUCUCCAUCAGAUGGCGCUUGUGAGCAACAGCAACCUUCUGGAGGAGGCUUUGACGCAGAUGAUGACCAUUCUCUCUCAGGACACGGAGGGCUUCCCGCGUAGAGCGGUGGUCAAAGCCUUCACAUCAUGGCUGAAAGGAUCACACCUCGUAACAGCUGUGCACCCGUUCCUGAGCUCCGUCCUGUCACUGGGAUGCAAUGAUUUUGACUGGGAAGUGAAAAUGCACACACUGGAGCUGGCAGAAGUGUUGAUGGAGAAGACACUGACCUGCUGUCCAUACGCAAUCCAAAACUUUGGUUCCUCUGAAAACACACACUUGAUGCAGGCCUUGAGCAAACUGAAAGAAUUCGGGCUGUUUGACUUGCUUUUUAACAGCUUGUUUGACUGCGACAGACCUGUGUGUGAGAGAGCCUGUGCACUCUUGCUCAAACUCAGAUCACUUACAUCUGAGAGCGCAGACUUCUCAGAUGUAGAUUCCACUCUCGUCUUAAAUGUAAAUGGGAACAGAUGGGGGGAUGAGGUGCAGAGUAGAUACCUCAACACACAACAGGCCAAAGGAUCUGUGUGCGAAUCUGAUAAGAGAACAGACAGUGAUCUGCACUGCAUCAAAGAUAUUAGCCUACCCAUGAUACUGCACAUACUUGAUCUAGAUGACAUGCAGAGGACGUUGAAGUUGAGUAGUGAUCAUGUCGUGAAUUCGCCCCGAUCGCUAAUGGAGGACAUUCUUUCAGCAGCACAGCAGAGUGAGGACAAUAUAGUAGAUUGCUAUUGAGACUAUACUGUUACUAUUUGAGACUCUUUUUUUUAGGGCCAUUUAAUAAAUAAUGAUGUGCAGUCUGGUCAA